CCUCUCUCCUACCGUCAGUGGUUCGCUCUUCUUCUGCUUGUUAUCGCUGGCGUAAUUAAUGGAUCUGCCAACUAUGAUACCUCCAAUACAAAUUCCUCGAGUAUGCUUCACAUCACACUUAAAGGAAUCGUUAUGAUCUGCAUCUAUUGUACUGUCUCUGGCUUUGCAAGUGUCUACACGGAAUAUGUUCUUAAAAGUCGUGUUCAUAUGAGUCUCAAUAUUCAAAAUGCCACAUUAUACAUAUUUGGGAUUAUAAUCAACGCUGCCCUUUACGUAUUUCAGGAGGCUAUGGUUACAGGUAACUUCAACCUUCUUCGUGGAUUCACCUUUCUGACAUGGUUGCUGGUUGUCACCCAAGGCAUUAGCGGGAUUUUCAUCGGCUUUGUGAUGAAAUACGCCAGCAGCAUUCUGCGUCUUUUUAUCAUCUCUUCAGCCAUGAUUGUCACAACCGUUUUUUCAGUUCUUGUCUUCGAUCUUGUACUUAAAACCAGUUUUAUUAUUUCAUCUGCUCUCAUCAUUUGCGCCCUGGUUCUCUACCACUUAUGA